AUGUUAAAGCGCACCCAAUCAUGGGCAGCAUGGCGGUGUGUGAUCGUACUGGUUGCGUUCGUUUGUGCGAUCUCCGCCAAGAUCAUGAUCACUAAGGUUGACUACAUCUCGAACCCGAACUACCUCACGAUGUCGGUGCUGGUGCACAACGAAACCGAGGGUAGCACGGUCGACGUGGACGGCAGCCUGUUCCAGGAUAUGGUGCAGGGCAUGUUCGUUCACAUCGAUCUCGACUCGAAGAUGGACGGUGAGUAUAUGACGAUGAUCGGCACGAACAAGGAGCUGUGCAGUGCGGAUGACGGUGGUGUCGACCCGGUGGUGCCGCUGUUGAACGAGGAGCUGGAGAAGUUUGGCAAUCUCAGCUUCAACUGCCCGUACUACAAGGGCAACUACCGCAUGCGAAGGUUCCGCAUGAGCAACGACCAUAUGCUGGUGAAGAUGGUACCGCCCGGGGAGUACAUCGUGAAGACCGAUCUCCAGCAUCAGCCGGUGAACUCCACCGAGAAGGAGGUGGUGUUUAAGCUUUCUUUCUACUUCGAAAUUUCGUAA